GCUUUUUUAACCAGAGCGGCUGAGUCGGCUCACACACACCCCAGACUAGUUGGCUGGACUGAAAACAUGGCUGCGACCGAGGCAAAUUUAAGGAAGUGAGAUGCCCACAUUCUGUUGCAGAGGAGAGUGCACCAGGAUGAGGAGACUGUAGGCACCCGCCGUAGUAUGGCCGCGUCCCGUUCUUCGCGUGUCACAAGAUCAUCAGUGGGGCUCAAUGGAUUGGAUGAGAAGUUUUGUGGUCGAACCCUCAGAAACCGCAGCAUCGCCCAGCCAGAGGAGACCUCAGUAUCUCCACAACCUCGGGCACGCUCCCCCAAAAAGAAGCAGGAGUCCAAGCAGGAUGCCAAUAAGGACAACAGGCAGGAGUCCAAGCAUGAUGCCAGAAAAGAGUCAAGGCACGAUAACAGUAAGGACUCCAAACAAGAAUCAAAGCAGGAUUCUAGUAAAGACUCCAAGCAGGAGUCAAGUCAGCAUGCCAAUAAGGUUUCCAAGCAAGAGUCAAAGCCUGAUACCAGCAAGGUCUCAAAGCAAGAGGCCAAGCAAGAUACUAGUAAGAACUCCAAGCAAGAGUCAAAGCAGGAUACUAGUAAGAACUCCAAGCAAGAGUCAAAGCAGGAUACUAGUAAGAACUCCAAGCAAGAGUCAAAGCAGGAUACUAGUAAGAACUCCAAGCAAGAGUCAAAGCAGGAUACAAGUAAGGACCCCAGACAGGAGUCAAAGCAGAAUAACAGUAAGGAGUCCAAGCAAGAGUCCAAGAAGGAUACAAAUAAGGACUCUACACAAGAAUCAAAACAAAAGAAUAGCAAGGACUCUAAGCAAAACUCCAAGCAGAACACAAGUAAGGAUUCCAUUAAGGAGUCGGAGCAGGACAUUGUCAAGGAGUGGGAGCAGGACAUUGUUAAGGAGUCGGAGCAGGACGCCGUCAAAGAGUCGGAGCAGGACGCCGUCAAGGAGUCGGGGCAGGACGCCGUCAAGGAGUCGGGGCAGGACGCCGUCAAGGAGUCGGAGCAGGACGCCGUCAAGGAGUCGGAGCAUGACGUCCUCAAGGAGUUGGAGCAGGACGCCCUCAAGGAGUCGGAGCAGGACGCCCUCAAGGAGUCGGAGCAGGACGCCCUCGAGUCGGAGCAGGACGCCCUCAAGGAGUCGAAGCAGGACGCCGUCAAAGAGUCAAGGCUGGAGUCGAAUGACAAUAAAGAAGACAACAAGCAGGACACUGGUGAGAAACUUAAUAAAGACUUUGAGACGGAGUCAAAGCAUGCUGCUAAACAUGACACAGAACCACAGGAAACCUCCUUGCAAGAAAGCCAGCAACUGGACAUGUUGCAGAGAAACAUAGCUGACUCCAGUAUUCCUGCAGGUGAUGAGGAUCAUUCGACCGUCUCUAGGAAGCGGGGCAUGACCCAUUUGGAAAAAGACCUUAAACAAGAGAAAUCCGAGAACUGUGACACAGGGAAAGAGUGGCGGAAUACCUCGCCUCCAAUCAAAAGGGCCAAGCAGUGCUCUCUCUCUGGAGAGUUUCUGGGACACGAAGAGGACCAAGGGUUUCUGAAUCCCCAAAGUCAAGUUUCUGUCUUAGAGCCUUGCAAGGACUUAAUUUGUGAAGACUUACCCAGCCACAACUCUUGUAAUGCACCUCCUGCCUCCUCUAUCCUCAGUGAGCAGGAAGGUGAGGUAAUUGGGCGACAGGUGAAGGAAGAUCAUUGCAUGGAUUGUGAUGGGCCAGUUUUGCCACAAAAUUCCCAUAAGGCCUCUAAUGGACUCAGAGAAACUGAUGCAGAGAAAACAAGCACAGUCACUGAACAUCCCAGUGCAACCCCCACCUCUACCACCAGCUUUCCUUCUCUGCUAAAUGGGAGCCAAAUGGAGGCUCCCUCAUCCCCUGACUCCUCUGUGCCUUUUAGAAACUCUGUACCUGGGCAAAUGGAGGUCUCUGGCUCAGGAGAAUCACCAGCCUCAUCUGCACUAACAUUUAUGGGUGCUGUAGAAGAUCCUGUUCCUGAGUUGAUAAUGGCCAAAGAGCAGGAGGUGGAGGAGGUGGAAGUCGAUGUGGUGGGUGACCCCUUGGGUCUGGCUCACGAGGAGCAGGUGACUGUGACCGAGGGCGAUACAAACGGCCGGUCACCAUCUCCAGUACAGGAACCUGCUGCCUCCACUUUGUUCUCUACUGCGAACGUAAACUGUAGUUCAGUCAACAACAGCAACUCAGGAGAAACUAUGCCCACGCCCACAACACCCCAAUCCCCCACAGAACCAGAGUGCAACCCUUCAAUGUCCAGCAUGACCCCUUCUUUCACAGAGCUCAACGAACACAGAUAUACCCUGCGGACUUCACCUAGGAGAGUUGUGUCUGGUGGGAAAACAUCUCCCUCCAAACCCAGCUCUCCUAUAACAGACAAUGGUCCCUUUAGGGAAGAAGGGGAGGUGGAGGACGACUGUCCAAUGUUAGAGGAACCUUCUUGCUCAGACUCAGUUGGCCUCUCCAUUGAGGAGCCAGGUUCUGUGAAUCCUAGUUGUAGAGUAGGUGAGAAGGACAGUGACUUUAUGGAGGACAAGGAGGCAGAAAAUGGCAAGGAGCUAACACGAAGCGAGGCAGUUGAAGAAGAAGAGGAGGAGGAGGAAGAGGAGGAACCAGACGUGUAUUACUUUGAGUCAGACCACCUGGCUCUUAAACACAACAAAGAUUAUCAGCGGCUGCUGCAGACCAUCGUAGUACUGGAGGCGCAGCGAGCUCAGGCCAUUCUGGACCUGGAGACGUUGGCACGUCAGCAGAGGGAGGCUCUCUCUGAACCCAUCAGCUUUGUGGAGCAGCUGCAGAAACAGUCUCAGGCGAAUUUGGGUCUGCCGUGUCCUCAGCGGGUCGUCCAGCUCCCGGACAUCGCCUGGGAGCAGUACACCUCCGGUCUGGGGGAGUUCGAGAGAGAGUUCUGCGACAAGAAACGGAAAACCCGGCAGCUGAAGUUAAUCUUUGACAAAGGUUUGCCUCUUAGACCAAAAAGUCCUGUUGAACCCAAGAAAGAAGGUGAAUCGUCAGCUGUGUACUCCUCUCUUCCCACCAGUGACGCCCCUGAGAACGGCAGGCAAACACAGAUGAUCAGGGGGAGGAUUUGUCACCCAAAUAAGCCGGACACGUUUAAUCAGCUGUGGACGGUGGAAGAGCAGAAAAAACUGGAGCAGCUUCUUGUUAAGUUCCCGCCUGAAGAAGUGGAGUCCAAAAGGUGGCAGAAGAUCGCUGAUGAGCUCGGCAAUCGAACGGCCAAACAGGUUGCCAGCAGGGUUCAAAAGUAUUUCAUCAAACUGACAAAAGCUGGUAUCCCUGUGCCUGGAAGAACCCCCAACCUCUGCAUGUACACUAAAAAGGCCUCCAGCAAGAGACAGCACCACCUGAACAAGCAUCUGUACCGGCCGUCCACCUUCCUGACCUCCUACGAGCCUCCGGUCUACAUGGAGGAUGAGGACGAGCGCGCGGCGUUUUACCACAGCGUGCAGGACCCUUCUGCUGACGAGUCGGACGAGGAGAGCGUUCCUGUGGAGCUGAGGAGCCUGCAAGAGUACAAAGAGCUUUUACAGCUGAAGAGGUUGAAAAAACAGAAACUCCAGGAGAUUCGAAAGGAUAACGCCGGGGUGCAGCACAUGGGUUACAAGUGCGACGUGUGCGGCAUGGAGCCCAUCCAGGGGGUCCGUUGGCACUGUCAGGACUGUCCUCCAGAAAACUCGGUCGAUUUCUGCUCCAACUGCUCAGACUGCUUAUUCAAGACAGAGACCCAUAAACCCGACCACCACUUGGAAGCGGUCUAUCAACCAGACACCUUUCUGGACAGAGACUACUGCCUGCCGCAGAGCGCAGGCUACAACUACCUGGACCCUAAUUACUUCCCCGCCAACAGAUGACAGAGUCCCAGGCGCCGCUAACUCCAAGUUGUCUCUCUCUCUCUCUCUCUCGCCACACGUCCUGCAGGCCACUCUGUGCAUGGCUCCAUCCUGUAAGCCCAAGAUUACCGCUGAGCCCGGGCGGCGGGGUUAGAGUUAGACCAGACCUCGGCUCUGAUGCUGGUUUCCCAGCAACGUCUCAGCCGGGUUAUUCAGAAACUGUAUUUUUAAAAAAACAAACAAACAAAAGCGAGAAGGCACACGACAUUCCUGAGCUCCUCCCCUGACGUUUCCAGUUUUCUCCUCCAUGCUGCUUUCAAACUGGAAAAUCGAGUGAUUGGUCUGGCGAAGCGCCACCUAGUGGAGACACUUGUGGGUUGUUUUUGUGUGCAUGUGGUUUCCCCAAGAAUGGAGAAUACUUUAAAAAACAAAGAAAAGAAAAAAAGGUCAAAAACUUGGAGCAAUUCUGCAGACCUCUGUGUUUCCCAACACAAACACACACACCUUCAUCCGUUUCCUUUUGCUCUCUUCACUAAAACUAACUAGGAAACACUACAACACGAAGAGUGACUUCAUUAUUUUCCAUUGAAGGCAGGCGAAUGAUGUUGAAAACCACACAAAGCUGUGUUUUAUUUUUCUUUUGCCUUCUCCUCUCUCAUCGUGUGCCGUUGUUGAUCAUGUUGAGUGUUCAAGUAUAUGGUGAAAAGUGAAAAGUAGCCACCGCUAGUUGCUGUGUGCCAUUAAAAAAAUAAAAACAGACAAAAAAGACUUUUUUUUUUUUCCUUUAUCUUUUUAUUUUCUUCCUCUUGCGCUUCGGGAAGAUGGAGAAACCCUGAAAGCUGACCACAUUUUCUCCAUCACCCUGUUAUCAAAUCCCAUCGUUAAGCCUCUAGAUCUCUUAAUUUCACCACCCACUUUAAAAGGUCCAUUUAAAAAGAUUGUAUUUUUAUUAAUCUAUUUAAAACAUGAAUAAUUGAGGUAGUGGUUGGUGCCUCUGCGACCCACAGAGUUUUAUAUACAUAGAUUUUGUUGUGCUUGAGUAGACGCCAUUUUGUAUGGUUUUUUUGUCUUCUUUCCCUCACCACCUUUCCCCAUGCUUCAGUAUCUGUGUAUAACAGUCUGUUCUUAUGUAAAAAAAAAUUAAUAAUAAUGUAAAAAAAAUGCUAGAGGAGAACUGUGGAAAUAAAAGUAUGUGGAAAAUG